CCCGUGCCGGUGGUGGUGCCCGAGUCUCUGGCGUCGGAGGGGCCACCGUUCCGACGAUUACAUGAUGGUGGGCUCGGUAGGAACCAGAUCGACGGUCUCGAACCGACUUGAGCGUGACCUCACAAAGAAGAACCAAGGACAAUGAUUCAACCCAUCUGUAAAGGAACCAUUAGGAAGGUGACACGAGAUGUUGGCGUCCUAUUAUAGCCCGAGCCGGGGGGGGGCCGCCACCCGUCGCCCCUCCGACGUCUUCGAUAUCGGGCUCCAACACCACCGCUGGGUUUCUAAGAUGUCCAGAGAAAGCUUGCCUUCAGCUAACAAAGGUAGAGCUUCCUCAGACAACGGCCCAAAAAGAAGGGCACGGUUGCGUCCAAAGUCGCGGACAUUGAAUCGAACACCGGUUGACAAUCUUGCGGCCUCUCACUUGCCCCUUUAAAUCCCCCUUCCUCCCCCCUUCCACUUCCGCUGCUCCUCCCUUUCUCCUCGCGCUUCUUCCAUAUAUAACCAUGCAUUGUCUCCUCAGACAACACAGCGUCGUCUUCCUCGAGCUCUUCCUCGUCUUGGUCCUAGGCGGCAUCGCCAUGCAUGUCUCCGACCCUGACGUGCCUUCCUCGCUGGACGCACUCCGCCUCGAGGGCAACUUGAGCUUCCACGACGUCUCCCUCGCCGCAAAAGACUUCGGGAACCGCUUCCGGUUCCUGCCGUCGGCGAUCCUGCACCCAGUGUCGGUCUCGGACAUCGCCGCCAUCAUCAAGCAUGUGUUCCAAAUGGGUCCGAGCUCGAAGCUCACCGUCGCGGCCCGAGGCCACGGGCACUCGCUGCAGGGCCAGGCGCAGGCCGAUGGCGGGGUGGUCAUCCACAUGGAGUCGCUCCGCGGAGGCGGGACGCGGGUGCACGCCGGGGAGCGCCCCUACGUGGACGCCUCGGGAGGGGAGCUGUGGAUCAACGUGCUGCUCGAAUGCCUGAAGCAUGGCCUGGCGCCCAAGUCCUGGACCGACUACCUCCACCUCACCAUCGGCGGGACGCUGUCCAAUGCCGGGAUCAGCGGGCAGGCGUUCCGGCACGGCCCCCAGAUCAGCAACGUCCACCAGCUCGAGAUCGUCACAGGGAAGGGCGAGCUGCUUACCUGCUCGACCGAGGAGAAUGCCGCCCUCUUCCACGCUGCUCUCGGAGGCCUCGGCCAGUUCGGAGUCAUCACCAGAGCCAGGAUCGCGCUCGAACCAGCGCCGGAGAUGGUGAAGUGGAUCAGAGUUCUGUACUCCGACUUCUCCAGCUUCACGGAGGACCAGGAGAAGCUCAUCUCGGCGAGGGAGACCUUCGACUACAUCGAAGGAUUCGUGAUCAUCAACCGGACGGGACUGCUCAACAACUGGAGAUCGUCGUUCAACCCGCAGGAUCCCGUUCAAGCCAGCCGGUUCGACUCCGACGGGAGGAUCCUCUUCUGCCUCGAGAUGACCAAAAACUUCAACCGAGACGAGGCCGAUGUCAUGCACCAGCGAGUCGAAGCGCUUCUGUCGAGAUUGAGGUACAUACCGUCCACCCUCUUCCAGUCGGAGGUCACCUACCUGGAGUUCCUGGACAGGGUGCACGUCUCCGAGGUGAAGCUGCGGUCCAAAGGCCUGUGGGAAGUUCCGCAUCCAUGGCUGAACCUUCUCAUACCCAGAACCAGGAUCAAAGACUUCGCAGAAGAGGUCUUCGGCAAAAUUCUCACAGACAGCAACAACGGUCCCAUCCUCCUGUACCCACUUCACAGAUCCAAGUGGGAUAACAGAACAUCGGCAGUGAUUCCAGAUGAGGAGGUCUUCUACCUGGUGGCGUUCCUCUCGUCGGCGCUAUCUUCCUCGGAUCAUGACAACUUGGAGCGUGCACUGAAACAGAACGAUAAGAUCUUAGACUUCUGUAACAAGGCAGGAAUCCAGAUGAAGCAAUACUUGCCACACUAUACAACACAGGAGGAGUGGAAGGCCCACUUCGGUGACAGAUGGGAGCUAUUUGCUCAUAGAAAAGGCAUUUAUGAUCCCCUGUCGAUCCUUGCUCCAGGACAAAGGAUUUUUCGGAAGGUCGUACGGUCCUCACGACGGUAGCUUCUGUGCAGAGACCACAUCUCGUCUUGCACGGAAGCAACUCUCCACAAGAGCUACACAGGUCGAAAGAGAGGACAGUCAAUCCGGUUGACCGUGAGCAUCCGAAUGCAACGCCGGGAAGAACAAAAGAAUCACGAAAAGCUAACCUGGGCAGCUGAAAGUUCUCCUUACGGUGG